CUCUUUCAGCCCGAGAGCUGAGAGCACAUCAUCAUGGCGGGCCCAAAGAGACAUCCGGGUGGCGGGGCUCCACGGCCCUUCUCCAGUAAACCAUGGAAGAGCCAGCCUCAUGCAUUCUCUUCUUUUCUGUGGAACUCUCUCCUCUUCCUGUUCUUGGAUCCCUGGAGUAAUCUGGGUCCUGAACCCAUCUGAUUUGAUCUGGAAUUUUCAGAGGACUCUCCAGAGCCUCAGAAGCCCUUGAAUCUGGGAAUCCAGACUGGGGUCACCCAGCAGACACUCCCAGGGCCCCUACAAGGAAAUGAGUUGCCUUGGACAGAUGCCGGGCCUGUGGAAGCUGUGGGCCAGGAGCCUCUGGAAAGGACUCAGCCCAAAUGGAGGUGCCAGGGAUUCUAGAGGGUUCGGUGACUUUCAUCCUGAACAUUUCAAUAGACAAAGAGUUGGAGCACGUCACCUGGAGUCGUCCCCAAAAAGCUCUUGCUUUUGCAAAUGCACAAAAAGAUAUUAUCAUUAUGGACAAAAGCUACCAGGACCGACUAAACAUCAGCUUCAACAGUUACUCCUUAUCUCUCAACAAUCUGACUUUGGAAGAUGCAGGACCCUACAAAGCCCAGAUAAAUUAUAAGAAUGCUAAAGUCACCACUGACAAGGAGUUUUUCCUGCAUCUCUAUGAAGGGAGGGAUCUGAGCAAUCUCCUCAUUGCUGUUGUCCCUACAGAGCAGGUGCAGGAGCCUCAAGUCAUCAUAAAGUCUGUGAACAAAUCUGAUAGUGGCUCCUGUAACAUUACCUUGAUUUGCUUUGUGGAGAAGGCAAGGACAAGUGUUCUGUACAGCUGGACCGGGAGGGAUGCCAAUGCUUCUGAAUCCCAUGAGGGCUCUACUCUCACCAUCCAAUGGACGCUGUGUCACCCAGACCUGCCAUACACCUGCACGGCCAGGAACCCAGUCAGCCAGAAUACUUCCAGCCCUGUCCGCGUCCAGCAGUUCUGUACAGCUCCAGGAGCCUCCAAAGGAGAACCAAUGGGGGAGACGGUGGUGGGAGUCCUGGGGGAGUCGGUCACCCUGCCCCUAACAUUCUCGGCCAGUCACCACAUAGAGAACGUCAUUUGGAUGCUUAACACAUCUAUUAUCAGCAAAGAACAGAAAGAAAUGGCAACAGCCGAUCCACCCAUUAAGUUCAAGGAUCCAAACAAGAACUCUAGCCAAGACUUCUCCCUGAAGAUUGACCAGGUAAAGAUGGAGAACGCAGGGCACUACUCUGCCUAUGUGUGCUCAGAGGCCUCCAGAGUCAUCAAAACAAAACACAUCACCCUGCUUGUCUAUGGGAGGUUGAAGAAGCCAAAGAUUACCUGGAGCCUUGAGCUUGCUGAGAAUGACAUCUGCAGGGUCAGUCUGACAUGUUCAGUGGAGGACAGUGGACACAACGUGACAUACAGAUGGACUCCCCUACCAAAAGGAACUAUCGAGUCCCAAAGAGGACCUCACCUCAAUGUCUUUUGGACAAGUGGUGAAAAUCAUCCCAACUUCACGUGCAUCGCCAGCAACCCUGUCAGCAGCAGCUCCCAGCAGUUUCUUUCCGGCAACAUCUGUCCAGGGCCUAAGAGAAGCAUGAAGUUUUACAUUGUGAUCUUCACGGUGAUGGCUGUCAUCGUUCUGUGCUUUGUGACCACCUGGUGCAUUUGGAAGCGAAAAAGACCGUGUUUGUCAGGUUCAGCCCCAACCUCCUGCCCCAGCCAAGCUGAAACCCCAGUGGAGGAACCAGGGUAUCAGGAGUUGGACACGCUCCCUCAGCCUGCCAAGCAACAGACUAGGUCCACCUCCGACGGCAGUGAAACAAGUGAGGAGGACCAGGAAAGGACUGACACACCCAAGGCUGGAAGACACCAAAAGUAUGCCUUGGUCAACCAGGAGGACACUGAAUUUGACUCAGCAUCUGAGGGGCAAGCAGAGUAUGAUCUCGUCACUCCGGAACGCAUGGUGCCUGCGUCUGUGGCCCAAAACAGCACGGUGUAUACGCAAGUAUUCCUCAACUCUCGGGGAAAGACCUCGGUUCCUCAGCAGAAAGAGAAUUCAGCCACAAUCUACAGCUCUAUACAGACACCUCAAAGGGUGGUGCCACCACCACAACAGAAUGAUCCUGAAUCUCCUGAAAUCCCUACCUAUGAAAAUUUCACCUGAAAAGAAAAGCAACUGCUGCUUCUACCCCUGUAGUUGGAGAGGCUGCUGGACAGUAUGGGGCCUGGAGUUCCUAGAGACAGAAACACUUCAGAAUUGCCUUCAGUGUCUCUACAAUGCCUGGAUCUGACCCACCCCCUUCCUGCUACCCCUAUGACUUCCUGAGCCCAUUAAUAAAUCAGACACAGGUUCCAUCUUGGAGUCCCCGGCCUUCAAGACGUCCCCGCUCCAUCUGUCUCCAAGAGUGCUCAUACAGUUUCCCAAUUCAGAUACACACCACUCAGAGCUCUGCCAAGACUGGUCCAGUGUUGUUGCAAGGAUCCUAGACCUUCACACCAUCUUCUAAACAUCUGCUAAAACGAAUCGAACAGACAUUCUCACUCACGGACACAAAGAUCUAUGUAAAAUCAUGUCCACUGCAAUACCUUUUAAAAUAAGAGGACAGAAAUAACCUAACAGUCCAUUUAGUAGGAAUCCGGCUAAAUGCAUGAUAGUGUACCCAUGCGACAGCAAGCCCUGCUGCUUUUGUAAAGACAGGAAAGAUGAGUACCUGCUAAUAUGGAAUGAGCUCUAAGAAUGGAAAGAACAAACUCCAGGGCAGUGUGUAUCACAUGCUACCAGUUGAAUAAAGAAGAAAUGUGAAUAUAUAUACACAUAUAUAUAUAUACAUAUAUAUACAUAUAUAUAUUUAUAUAGUUAUACAAAAUUUCCGAAAGGAAAUACAAAAUAUGUAUUAGUGGCUGCCUCCAGGGACUGUACUGGGUUGUUGUUUUUACUGCAUACUUUUUUGUAGUCUGCAUUUCUGCUUUUAACCAUAUAUGUGUAUCACUCUUUUGAUGUAUUUUUAAAUGCUUAAAAUGCCUCUUCCAUAUAAGCUUCCCUUAUUUACCCCCAAAGAACUUCUCUCCUCA